GAAGGCACUGCGAGCUGAGGGCGCAGUGGGGUGCAUGUCAGAGUCAGCUAGUACUCCGAUUGGUGGCGGAGCUCCUACCCCUCCUGCAUCAGGAUUUAGCAGGGGGAGUAGUGGUUCGGCCAUUGAUCAGAGGAAGAGGGCACCCACUGCUUCCGGCGGCUCGAGCCAGAACAAGAGGUUCCGGGGGAACCAGAACAGAGGGAGUCGUCCUGGUGGUAAUGAGACUCGCUUCUCCUACCCCGAAUGCCCUACCUGCAAGAGGCAUCAUCGGGGAGAGUGCAAGGGGCAGGGAUGCUUUCAUUGUGGCAUGCCCGGGCACUUCAAGAGGGAAUGUCCCCAGCUCCGGCCAGAGGCACCGAGAGCUCCAGCGAUACCCACUCCAGCCAGGGUAUUCGCGAUCACGCAGGCUGAUGCAGAUGCCAGCCCAUCAGUUGUUACAGGUAAAGGCAAGGCAGUUGCUGAUGGACCGUGAGCGAGCUUAUGGGGUUGUACAUGUCGGGGCGGUUAGGCCUGGAGCGUACGAUCCUCGGGACAGCACGGCUGAGAUUUUGUAAUUGUCGUUAGACGACUUUAUUUUGAUGUAAAAGUUGAACAGUGAAAACGUUUGUAAAUAUUUUAUAAAUCGGGAUCCCGUGACUUUUUGCAAAAUGGUUUAUAAGUUAAUGAAAAAGCAAAAAUUUUAAUUAAUCACGUUUUUCCAUAAACCUCGUUGAUUAGCAACGAGCUGCACAGUACGUUUAAAA